CUAGAAGAGGAAACGAAGAAUGUCCAUUCUGUAGACUUAAGGAAACACAACUCACAUUUUCAGAGACUACAGGUGGGUUCGAAGAGUUUGGCAACCAACAUCGAUCAAAAGUUUGUUCAAGAAAUGAGAGGACAUUACUUGCGAAUAAUGGAUUUGUGCCCUGCAAGAGAUGGAGUCGACUGAAGACAUCGACAAAUUCCUCGUAUCCUUGUGGUUCAUAUGGACAGAAAGGAAUAGCCACCUGUGGAACAAUCAAAAGAGAGAGGAGUGGGAGAUCAUCGAUCGGACUAUCCAGUGGCUAGAGGAAUACAAUCAUCACCAACUUACACCUACCACCGAUGGGCAGAAGAAGAUAACGACAUGGAAGCCAUCGAUGGCGGGGGUGUAUAAGAUCAAUGUGGAUGCAACGGUGUUUGAGGGAAAUGGAUAUGGUUUUGGGGUGGUGAUAAGAUAUGAGUUUGGGAACUUUUGCCUAGCAGGGGUAAAGUGCACCAGAAGGCAGUGGCUGCCUGAAUUUGCAGAAGUGACAGUGAUUGAUUUCGGUUUGGAGGUGGCUAAGAGUAUCAUUUUUCACUUGGAUUGAUUGAAUCAGAUUGUCUGGGUGAGGUGCAAUGCCUUCAGAUAAAGGAAGGUGAAGAAACGAAAAUUGCGGAGGUGUGUGAGGAAUUCCGGGCUAAGUUUAUUGAAGUUUGUGGGUUGAAUCUCUCCUUUGUGGGCGAGGCCAAUAAAGCGGUCCAUUUAAUGGCAUACACUCUUUGUAAUUGGGAGGAAGAGGAAAUUUGGACCUCUAGGCUAUAAACUUUCCUCAUUCUUGUGCUUCUUUCUAAUUGUAACAGAUCACCCAUGAAUCAAUCAUAAACGAUCCAGGUCUUUCCCAUUAAUUUUUUUUUUUGGUUUUUCUUCAAGUUACUUGACUUGAUAUUUUCAAAUGAAUCUAAGGCACUAAG